GCAGAAAUACCUCCACCUUGCCUGGGCCUGGAGCCACAGGAGACCCUGCCGAAGGUGAAGAAUGUUCUGGAACAAUGCAAGACCUGCUCAGGCUGCCCCCAGGAGCCAGCGUCCUGGGGUCUCUGUGUAGCAUCCAGCAACGUGAGCUUGCAGGACCCCGAGGAGCCCUCCUUCUGUUUGGAAGCGGAGGACAACUGGGAGGAUCCAGAGGCCCUGAGAUCACUGCUGCUGUUCCUGAACACCUCUGGAUUCAAGGCCAGCUUCUGUGGCCUGUACAACCUGGCGCUGCCAUGGCUGAGCAGCAUGUUCAGCAGCUUUAGCGACGAGGAGGAGCUGACUGGGCGCCUGGCACAGGCCCGAGGGGCGGCCAAGAAAGAUGGCCUCCUCAUGGCCCUGGCCAGGUUCUGCUUCCUCCUGGGGCGGCUGUGCAGCAGGAGGCUCAAGCUGUCCCAGGCCCAGGUGUACUUGGAGGAAACACUAGGGGCCCUGGAGGGCAGCUUCGGGGACCUGUUCCUGGUGGUGGCUGUGUAUGCCAACCUGGCCAGCAUUUACUGGAAGCAGAACCGGGAGAAGCGUACACAGGUGGUUCCCAAUGCCAUGGCCCUGCUCCUGGGGACGCCUGGCCACAUCUGCAGCACCGAGGCGGACAGGGAGCUCCUGCAGCUGGUGCUGCAGUGGGCGGUGGGUGGCCAGAGCCAGCAGGCCUAGGCCCGGGCCUGCUUCCUGCUGGCCAGGCACCACGUGCACCUCAAGUAGCCUGAGGAGGCCCUGCCCUUCCUAGAGCAGCUGUUGUUUUUGCACAGGGACUCGGGAGCCCCAGACGCUGCGUGGCUCUCAGACUGCUGCCUACUCCUGGCUGACAUCUACAGCCGCGAGUGCCUGCCCCACCUGGUGCUGAGCUGUGUCAAGGUGGCCGCAUUGAGGACACAGGACUCGCUGGCUGGUUCGCUGAGGAAUGUGAACCUGGUGCUCCAGAACGCCCUCCAGCCCCAGAGCCUCCCCACCCAGACUUCCCACUACCUCAGGCGAGCGCUGGCCUCCCUAACCCCAGGCACAGGCCAGGCGCUGCGCGGCCUUCUCCACGCCAGCCUGGCCCAGCCGUACAGCCACCAUGGCUACCAUGGCCCAGCCAUCACCUUCAUGACGCAGGUGGUGGAAGCCAGUGCUGUUGCUGGAGUCCGUGCCAUCAUGGACCCCCUGGUGGCCCUGGCCUGGCUGCAUGUGCUUCAUGGGCACAGCCUGGUGGCCCUGAACAUCCUGCAGUCUGUCCAGGAUGCAGUGGUGGUCAGCGAGGACCAGGAGGGUGUGAUUGCCAACUUGGUGGCUGUGGCUCUGAAGAGGACGGGACGGACGAGGCAGGCAGCCGAGGGCUACUACCACGCCCUAUGGGUGGCUUGGGACCUGGGCCAGCGGAGGAACCAGGCAGUGUUGCUGGCCAACUUUGGGACCUUGUGUCUGCACGCGGGUGCCAGCAGGCUGGCCCAGCACUACCUCCUGGAGGCUGUACAUCUGUUCUCGAGGCUUCCCUGUGGGGAGUGUGGCCGGGACUUCACCCACAUACUCCUGGGCUACCUCUUCACCCGCCAGGGCCCGGCCCAGUAGUGCAAGGGCUACUACGAGUGGGCCCUUCUGGUCGCCGUGGAGAUGGAUCACAUGGAGAGUGAGUGCCCCAGUUCCUCCUGUGCGCUUUCUGGGGCCACUGGGGUCAGGGCACACCUGGGGUUUGUGAUUCGGAAACAAGUGGUGGUUUUUCCACCAUCGAAAGCGCUGAGUCAUGGCCAGAAGCAGAUGUUGGCAAACGCCCUGGAGACAGGCCGUUCCCAUGCAGGGCCAGGCCCUCUGUGCCCUACUGAGGCAGCCAGCUCUUCCCGGUUUGCCCAGGGACCAUCCUGCCUUGAGCACGGAAAGUCCUGCGUGCUGGGAAUCCCUAGACAUAACCCUGGGAUCAAGGCAUGUUGUGCUGAGCUGGGACUUGGGGCCCCUCCAUGACCCAGGCCCUGAACACCAGUUCUUGUGCCUGUGUUUGCUUGGUAUCUUGGCAGCCCUGUGCACCGGUCAUUACACUUCACAAAGGACACAGGGGCGGGUGAUUGCCUAAAGCCACAGAGCAGUUCACGCAAAAGCAGCUCACGCCGAGUGUGCCAGGCCCCACCCACAAAUGGGGCUUGUGACGUCCUCGGGAGGGAGGUGCUGAGCGUGGGAAUGUGAGCUUCAGGCCAGAGAAGCCACAAAAGGGUGAGUGGCGUGGUGGCGGGACAGCACUUGGCCCCGGGUUAGGGAAGCCUCUUUAGUCUGGGACCAGAGGGUUGAGAGCAUUUAGUCAAGUAAUAGGUGAUGGAUGAGGGGCUGGUGGUGGGGGAGGGGCUGGUGGUG